AUGAAUGUUUCGGGUGGCAUUCGGGCUCAUGCCGUCACGGAGGGUGUCACAGCUAGCAACGACUUCGUCGUACAAGCUCGCAUCGCCGGAUCUGAUACCUGGUCUUCUUUGCCUCCAUAUUCUGUCUAUGGGGCCGAGCAGAAUCUUACCCGCAACCAAUUCAACCUGUAUCCCAUCACUAUCAGCUCUUUGGAUUACAACGAAGGCCCAUUGGAAGUCCGAGCUCAAUAUAAAGCUGGUGUAGUUCACUCUGCUUUGAUCCGACCUAUCUCCUUAGGAAUUGAAGCUACCAUCGACGGCGAUGUCAUCAGCUUCACACUCGAUCGACAUGUGGACCUUAUGCUGGAAAUCAACAAUGACAAAUGGCAAGCGUUGCACCUUCUUACCAAUGAGAUCGACACCAAUGCCCCCACCAAAGAUUCUGAAAACGUCUGGUAUUUUGGACCGGGUCUGAACAACGGAUCGGCCUACGCGAAGGUCGAUGGCGGAAAUUUGACCGUCCCAUCAGACACAACUGUAUACCUCGAUAGCGGGGCAUUUCUCAAUGCUAGAAUACUCUUCAACAACGUAUCCAACUCUGGGAUCCGCGGGCAUGGAUUCCUUUACAACUCACCCAACGGCGGUGCUAUCCUCAUCGAACGCUCAUCGAACAUCUUCGUCGAAGGCGUCACCUCUUUCAACGCAACUGGCUUCAGCCUCACGACAGGCGAAGCAAAGAACGUUCACAUUAACCAUUACCGAUCCUUCUCGUCCCAUGGAAAUGGUGACGGUCUCGACUUCUUCUGCUCCCAGGAUAUCCUGGCUGAAAAUUGCUUCCUACGCAAUUCAGACGACACUCUCGCCAUCUACGGUCAUCGCUGGGACUAUUACGGCGAGACCAGAAACAUUACGCUCAGGGAUUCGGUCUUGUUGCCAGAUAUUGCGCACCCGAUUAAUAUCGGGACACAUGGGAACCCCGAGAACCCUGAGAGUUUGAGUGGGAUCCACAUCAGCAACAUUGACAUCUUGGACCACAACGAGGGCCAGAUGUGGUAUCAAGGUUGUAUCGCGAUCAAUGCUGCCGAUGCGAACGACAUACACGAAGUGCUCGUGGAAAACGUUCGUGUGGAGAAGAUAACGAAGGGUCAACUUGUCAACCUUCGCGUCAUGCAGAAUGGCAGAUGGACGACCGCGCCGGGCAGCAAGAUCAGCAACGUCACGUUCAGCAACUUGGAGCUGAAUCUAGAGAAUUCGAAGAUCGUGAACCCGUCACAGAUUUUGGGGUACGAUUCGACGAGGAACAUCCAGAAUGUCACUUUUGAAAACUUAAAGAUUGGUGGGGAGCUCAUUCAUGAGGGUUUGGCCAAGCCGAACUGGUUCAUGGUUUCGGAUUAUGUUCCUUUGUUCGCGAAUGAGCAUGCCUUGAAUGUUUCGUUCAAGUUGACGGAGGGAAUCAAUGGCACUGGGAAUUAA